AUGGAGAAAGAUCAAACCAAAAUGGAUAUCAAUUCCAAUUCUAGUUUAAGUAACAAAGAUUUAGAAGUUCAACCAGAACAUUUAGAAUUAAAACAUCAUACAAGUGCAGAAAUUGAAGCUAGUGGUAAUUGGUGUGACAAACAAAUCAAUAUUUUGGGAGCCAAAUUUCGGUUCUCCAGUGCUAUGUGUCAAAUAGUAUUACUUGCCUUUGUGGUGUUUUUGACUCCAGGUAUGUUCAAUGCUCUUUCUGGGAUUGGUGCAGCUAUUAGUGAUAAAAAAACAGCUGAUCUCGCUAAUACAGCAUUAUAUGUGACAUUUUCAACUGUUGGGUUUUUCGCUGGUACUAUUUGUAAUGUUAUUGGUGUCAAAAUGUCUUUGGUGUUUGGUGGGUUUGGGUAUGCAAUUUAUGCUGGAUCUUUGUUAUCGUUUAAUCAUAAUGAAAACAAAGGAUUUGUUAUAUUUGCCGGGGCCUUUUUAGGGUUUUGUGCCUCUCUUUUAUGGGCUGCUCAAGGAACUAUUAUCAUGUCAUAUCCAACUGAACAAACCAAAGGAAGAGCCAUUAUGGUAUUUUGGGUUAUUUUCAAUUUGGGAGCUGUCAUUGGUUCAAUUAUCCCCUUGGCGGAAAACAUGCACAACCAAGGUUCAUCUGCCAGUGAUGGAACCUUUAUUGCCUUUAUUAUUUUGAUGAUUUGUGGAUCAGUGUUGGCUAAUUUCAUGUUACCAAUUUCUAAAGUUUGGAAAUCAGAUGGUACUAGAGUAAUGACCAAAACUCACCCUUAUUGGAAAGACGAAUUGAUUGGAUUGGGUAGAACAUUAAUCAAAGAACCAAAAAUCUUGUUAAUGUUCCCCAUGUUUUUUGCAUCAAAUUGGUUCUAUACCUAUCAAUUCAAUAAUGUCAACUAUGGUCGUUUCAAUUUAAGAACAAGAUCGUUAAAUUCAUUAUUAUAUUGGUUAGCACAAAUGGUUGGUGCCAUUGUAUUGGGUUAUAUUCUUGAUUUCAAGAAAUUUAGACGUUCAACUCGUGCCAAAAUUGGUUGGGCUAUAUUAUUCGUCACUAGUUUAGCCAUUUGGGGUGGAGGUUUGAAAUUUCAAAUGAGUUUCACUCGUGAAGAAGUUGAAUCAAAGCCACCAAAAAUCUCACAAUUGGAUUUCAAAGAUGGUGCUUAUAUUGGUCCAAUGUUCCUUUAUAUAUUUUAUGGUGUAUUCGAUGCUAUUUUCCAAACUUAUACAAUUUGGGUAUUAGGAGCAAUGUCCAACAAUCCAAAAAAGACUGCUCUUUACGCUGGGUUUUACAAAGGGAUUCAAUCUGCUGGGGCAGCUAUUGCUUGGAGGUUGGAUUCCCUUGAAGUUCCAUAUAUAAACUUGUUUGCAUCUUCAUGGGGAUUAGUACAAGGCUCUUUGGUUUUGGCAAUUCCAUUAAUAUUUUUUAUGAUUAAAGACCACACGGCUUUGGAAGACGAUAAUAUGGGAGAUGUGGUUGAUGAUGCAGAGUUAGAUGUUGUCAAAUCCACAACAGUACAUAUUGAGUAA